AUGUUAACACGAUUAACUAUUCGUCAAUUUUCAAUUAAUAAUACAAAAAUUAUUUCUUCUAGUCGUCUAUCGCGUUUAUAUCGUUGGCUUGAUGUCUAUGAAGAUGUUGUUGGUCUUAAAGAAGUAAAACAAGCUCAAAGUGCUGUCAAUGAUGCUGAACGUGCAUUUAUAGCAUCUCAAACACAACGUCGAUUAUAUUCAGAUGAAUUAAUAAAACUUCAAUCUGAAUUAGCUCGUAUUCGAUUGGAAAUGGAAAAAUUAACACGUAGUGAUGAUGCUUAUUUAGAGUUGUUCAAAAAUGAACAUGAUUUAGUUAAAAAAGAAAAAUUUGCUCAACAGGAAUUAAAAAGACAAGAUGAUACUGAAAGACAAUUAUUUUCUUCAUUACAAUUAACAUUACGUGAAAGUCAAGAAAAAGAAAAAAUGCGUAUUGAAAGAACAAAAUAUUGGUCAAUUAUUGGUUCAGUCGUUGGUGCUUUAGCUGGAAUCAUUGGUGCAACAUUAUCAAAUCGUUAUCGUAUGCAAGAGUUUCGUAAUAUAACAAAUGAAUCACAAAAACUUUAUGAAGAUUUAAUUAUGAAACAAGAAAUAUCAAUUAAGGAAUUAAAAAAUGAAUUAUUAAAUUUAUCUUCUAAAGAUUCUUAUGAAAAUAUUCUCUUAUUAAAUGAACAAAGUGAAGAACGUAUUCAAUCAAAAAUAACUUAUCAUACUGGUUUUCUAUUAUUUUCAGCUAGUUUUAUAUCUGUUAUUAUAUCAUAUUUUUUGCAUCGAUAA